CCCACCCUCGGCCACUCCCACUCUGCUGACAUUACUGGGAAAAAUGGCGACGAGUAUACUGCGGCUCCCGCUGCGACUUUUCACCAAAAAUGCGGGGAUAAUGAGCCGUAACAACGGCUUGAAAACAUCUAACAUAUCCAGGACGACUCAAGGCAGGACCGUAGUAUCCACGCCGUCGGGGGCAAUUUUACCGAAACCGGAUAAAACACCAUUUGGACUCAUCCGCAUGACAGCAGUGGUGGUGCCUUUCCUGUAUGUGGGAACUCUGAUUAGCAAGAACUUUGCCGCUCUUUUGGAGGAGCAUGACAUCUUUGUCCCUGAAGACGAUGACGAUGAUGACUGAGCUAACUCCAGAAAAUAAAUGGGUGCUUUGCUUUACUGAGUGAGAGCACACCAGCUGGCACAAGGAAGAUGGGGCACUUUGACAUCUAAAUACAUCCCUCCACCCAUCUCCUCUCCUCUGCUAAUUAUGUUGUUUAAAUACUUUUUUUUUUCUAAAUCUCAUAUCAUGUGAGGCUAUCAAAACUACUAGUUAUGCCUUCACUCCUGUUUGCAUGUUUUGUCUGUCAACUUAAUAAAGGGAGUCGAUUACA